CCACAGUCUCUCUGGGGCGGGGCCUGCUGCGGGGCCGGCCUCCUGGGUGGACCAAGUGGGGGCGUGGCACAGUGCCCUCGGGCAGGGGCGGGCCCGGGCGCACCGGGGAGGGACGCUGCUGUCCGGCGUAGUCUGUGCUCCUGUUCAGCCGCUGUCCUCCCGGGAACCUUGGGAAUGUGGAUCCCGGACUCGAGGGACCGCAGUUGAGCCAGCCUCGGCAAUUCUGUACUACUUGCUGAGGAGCAGGAUCUCGCGGACGCGUCCGAGAGAGCAGGUCAGGAUCGGACUAGUGACCACAGUUAAGCUCUGGAAUGUGCUUAGAAUGAUGGAUGACAAGGAUUUAGAAGCUGAAAUACACCCCUUGAAGAAUGAAGACAAAAAAUCACAGGAAAGCCUAGGAAACCUACCGAAAAAUGAGGAUAACUUGAAGAGCAAGCCUGUGCCUUCCCGCUUGUCCCGGUGCCGCACGGUGGCAUUUUUCCUUUCCCUGUUUAUCUGCCUCUUCGUGGUGUUCGUCUUGUCUUUCAUUCUCCCAUGUCCAGACCGUCCCUCCUCGCAGGGCACGUGGAGGCUUAACUACAGCGAUGCAGUCACGUAUGACUUUCUGGCUUUGGGAGACGUAAACAGGGACAAGAUUCAGGAUGUUCUUUUUCUUUAUAAAAGUACCAACAGCAGUAACAAUCUCACCAGAUCCUGUGCUGAUGAAGGCUUUUCCACUCCCUGUGCCUUUGUGGCUGCGGUGUCAGGGGCCAAUGGCAGCGUGCUCUGGGAGAAGCCUGUGGCCCAAGACAUCGCCCUUGUAAAGUGUACCAUGCCACAGACCCCAGAUGGCAAGGUGUCUUCUGCCUGUAUCUUUGUUGGAAGAUUUGGUUCGUUUGUCGCAGUCAGCUUCUUCACAGGAGAAACCCUGUGGAGCCACUCCAACAGCUUUAGUGGGAACGUUUCCAUCCUGAGCCCUCUGCUACAGGUGCCUGACAUCGAUGGUGAUGGUACUCCAGACCUACUGAUCCUCGCCCAGGAGGGACAGGAGGUCAGUGGAGCUAUCUAUUCAGGUAGCACUGGGUACCAGAUUGGCCACAGAGGCAGUCUUGGUAUGGAUGGAGAUGGUGCCGCCCUCCUUCAUGUGACCAGAACUGGUGCUCAGUAUAUUCUCCUGCCCUGUGCAAGUGCCCUCUGUGGCUUCUCUAUGAAGAGUCUCUAUGAGAGAAGUACUGGGAGAGAUGACCAUUUUAAGGAAGACCCCUACUGGGAGAACAUGCUCAAUCGCUCUGCCCACAGGAGGCUUCUGCACAGUCCUGGAGCAGUUCGCUACAUGAUGAAUGUCCCAGGGAAAGCUGGCCAGGACUUGCUUCUUGUGACCUCUGAGGCCUGUAUGUUGCUGGAUGGACAAGAUCUGGGGCCCAGGUGGACCCUUAGUGUAACUCAGGUUUUGAGAAAACCUAUCCUUGGCCACUACAAACCAGACACAUUGGCUGUGGUAAUUGAAAAUGGAACCAACAUUGAUAGACAGAUCCUACUUCUGGAUCUCAGUACUGGGUCUAUGCUGUGGAGCCAGCCCCUCCCAAGCCUGCCUGGGGACCCACCAUCCACAAGCCUGAUGACUGCAGACCAUCGCUCAGCCUUCUUCUUCUGGGGCCUCCAUGACCUUGUGAUUGCUGAGACGCAUCCCCAGGACAUGCAGCACCGCCUGUAUAUGUUCCACCCGACCCUGCCUGGCAUCCUGCUGGAGCUAGCCAACGUGUCUGCCAACAUCGUGGCCUUUGACGUGGUCCUGUUUGAGCCAAGCCGCCACGCUGCCUAUGUGCUCCUGACCGGCCCAGCAAGCUCAGACGUGCCUGGCCUGGUCUCUGUGACCAAACACAAAGUGAGAGACCUUGUCCCAGACAGUAGAGUGAUCCGCUUGGGUGAAGGCAGCUCAGACAGCGACAAGGCUGUCCGGGACCGAUUCUCCAGACUACGGUACCGGAGUGAGGAGGUGUAGGCGUUGUCAGCUGGAGCAUGCGCAGAGACUCCACUGUGAGAACGAAGCCUCUUGGAAAGUUGGCCUGCCCUUGGCCUUCGUGCUGACCUCACUGCUUGCCCUGGUGAUUCUGGGAGCUAUGUGGCCUUACCUGUUACCCAGGGAUUUUGCGGGGCACCUUCCAGCCUCCUGCCUAUACCAUGUCCUCCUUCAAAGGUCUCAUUGUGUGGCCCAUCUGAUCUGGCCAAGUAAGACUCCCUAGCCAGCUUGGACAAGUCAGCCCUGCAGGAGGCUCAUUCAUCACUUACUGCCUCUGUACCCUCUCACGGGAAAAGCCACCACUGUGUGAUGUGCUGCUCUCUAGGCCCUCUCUCUCAGUCCAGCCUGGCUUUUCCCAUGUUGGCACUGUCCCUCAGGGUCAUGAAACUCAGGCCUGUAGCUGGAACCUGAGGCUCUGAAGCUGCUUCCCCAGAGCAGAAGGGAGCAUGUCUCCUGGAAAGUGAGCAACACUGAGUCUGACUGGGCAGAAAGGAGCCUGUCCUGGAGCCUCCUGGUGCACUGAGUUAGUCCCUCCCUACAGUACACUGGACCUGCUGCCUGCACAAGUCCCUGCACCCUGGCACAGCAGGCACAUCCCUUUCCCUACUCUGGUGCUUACCUGAUAACAGUCUCACCUUGUGCCUUGUUGUUCCUGAAGCCCAAGGGCAACAGAGCAGCUUUGCCCAGAUCAGAUCCCUAGCUCUGUAGCCAAAGCAGUCCCAUGAGCCCAGCCACCAUGGAAACCAACACAAUAAACAAUUUGCACUGAUGGGGAAAGCCCCAGUAGUCCAGC